AUGGCCAUCGCCAGGAGCCUCAUCCUUCUCCUUGGCCUUGCAGCCGCAGACUGCCAGGGCGACUGCGAGGUUGAGGAUGCGUCUCUGAUGCAGGAGGGUCCUGCCCAGUCCGCCGUGCAGGAUUAUUGGCCGCGAGGGCAUUGGAGGCCCUGGGGCCAGAACCACUGGCACCAACCGCACUACUACCAGACGAAAUACUACCAGAGUUACAAAAAUUGGCACAAGUAUUACGAGUACACAGCCAAGACCACAUCCGUGGCACCCUCGACCUCCAACGCAGCCUCGACCUCCAACGCAGCCUCGACCUCCAACGGCGGGGUCUCGACCUCCAACGCAGCCUCGACCACCAGUGGGGCGCCCGCGCCCCCGCCCAGCAUCCUUCUAUGCACCGACGCGGAGCCCCAGGCGCCCCGGGACCUGACGCCCGGCUUCAUAGGCGGUCUAGAGGCCAGGGUGGAGCCCUUGGACGGGGACGCCACGUCGCGCUUCAUCCAGGCCAACAUCCACUUCCACCUGGGUGCAGAGCACAAGAGCGACAUCCCCAAUGGUUACAGCAAGACGCCGGCCGAGGUGGGCUUCAACGAGCCCUUGGUGCGCCCGGAGAAUGCUUCAGACAUCCGAGCCGGCUACUUCUGCGACCUGGAUAACAUCAGCAACGCCGACCUGCAGAACUAUUCCUUCAGCUUCUGCAAAGGUGUCCAAGUGGGCUACACCUACGAGUUUCACUGGGUCUUCUCGACGGGCGCUCCACUCAUCGGCAUCCGGGACGAAAGCGGCGAGGGUAUCUUGGGCAUCUCGGACGGGCUGGGUGGUGCGCUCGCCCGGACGGUGAACCCCAAAAUCAUUGUCCGAGGACAGGUCUGCCGCAUCAUCUACAACCAGAGCCUCGUAGACGUCGACGCGGACUACAAUGACUUCGUUCACCGCUGGCGGCAGCCGCCCGAGGUUCGUGGCGUCCGCUACAUCGGCUCCACCACGGGCACGGACUUCAACAACAGCGUCUGCUCGCCCCUGGAGGUCAACUGGCACGUGGACACGGAAUGCUGCACCCUCUCGGCCCAGACCUUUGACAGGCUCUGUGAAGAAAUGGCAGGAGAGGGCCUGGAAAAGGACCUUGCGCCCAAGCCCUCGCGGGUACUUGUCAGCCCGGAGAUCUCCUCGGUGAAUACCUUCCCACUGGCCGUGUCCCCCCUCCCCCCGAGCACGCCCCCAUAA